AUUCAAAUGUUUAAAAUCCGUUUCCAUAAUAUAGUUGACAUUUACAAACAUGUUGAUGAAAUAUUUUAAUAAUACCUAUUUUCUUCUAUGUUUAUUAAUCCUGCUCAAAUCGAAACGAGUUUUAUCGCAAGCUACCACUUCAGUUCCCAGUAAACAUUACAUGAUUGAAAACGAACUUUGCAAUUAUCCCUGUGUUGAUCCAUGGAUGUUUAAAGAUUUCUACGUAAAUAAAUCUUACGCGCCCUGCGAAAAAUCACUGCCAUUAGUUUAUUUAGAAAAGAUCGACGGGAAAGUAUUCGCCGUUAUCAACUCUACCAUAAAAACGACGUUAUUAAAUUUUACUUGCUGCAUAAAAAAUGUUUACAGGGUUAAAGAAGGUGGCAUCCCCGAUAAUAACAUUGCUGAAUCUUAUUGCGUUCAAUUUGAUAUCGAAGGUCGUUUAGAAUUAAACAACGAUGUUGUUAAAGCGACAUGCCAUAAAAUCGAAGAUCACGGUUUCGAACAUAUCUACGAAAAUGUUUUCGGAUUGUUUGCACCGAAAAAUAUUAAACAAAAAACUUUAAAAGUACGAGAUGAUCCGAAAUCAUUAAGCGUUCUUGUGUUUGUUGUUGAUAGCGUUUCAAAACAAAAUUUCAUGCGAUUAAUGCCUGAAACGCACGAUUAUUUAAUUGAUAAAGGUUGGAUUCAUUUUAAAGCGUAUAAUAAAGUAGACAAAGACUCUUUGGGAAAUGCGCUUGCAUUUUUAACGGGUUAUUCGGAAAAAUUGGCGUUCGAAACGUUUGGGAAUCCCGCUGAAAAAUAUUUUGAUGAUUACCCGUUUAUUUGGAACGAUUAUCAAAAGUAUGGUUACGUUACAGCUUACGCCGAAGAUUACUCAAUCAUGAAUACUUUUAAUAAAGAUACUAAAGGAUUUUUUCAGCCUCCCACCGAUUAUUAUUUCAGACAUUUUUCAGUUGCCACUGAAAGAUUGAACACUACUUAUUUAGAUAAUAUGCCUCAUUGUACUGGACCCGAAAAUACCGGUGAACGAGUCUUAAAUUUAGCAAUAGAUUUUGCAAAAACCUUCCAAAAUUAUCCUUAUUUCGGUUUAUUUUGGAUAAAUUCAUUUAGUCACGAAGAUUUCAACGCGUUUGGCCGCAUGGAUAACAAAAUGGUACAGUUUUUCAGUAUACUCGAGGAUUUAAUCAACAAUUCGAUCGUUUUGUUUAUGAGUGAUACCGGCUACAUAAAAACUGAGAUAACCUACACGAAUUUGGGAUCGUUUGAGAGCAAAAUGCCGUUCUUUUACGCGUAUUUACCCGCAACGUUUCGAAAUCGCUUCAAAGAUGAAACUGAAAAUAUCGAAGAAAAUGCGUCGAAAUUGGUUUCACUUUUUGAUGUACAUGCAACUUUACAUGAUAUUUUGGCGAUUUCGGGUACUCACGUUGUUAAAGAUGUUAAAUCUUGUCCGAAAUGCGUUUCGUUGUUUCGAUAUGUUCCUAGUAUUCGCAGUUGUUCAGAUGCUGGAAUUGAUGAGAAAUGGUGUAAUUGUUAUAAAAAUGUUAGUUUGUUGGAGGGUGCAGUUGGAAGAAUGGAUACAGCUUCUGGGGCUGGUACCAAAACUUAUGGGUUUUUAUCAGUAAUCAUUUUUUUAUAUUUUUUAUAAAUAUUUAUUGAACGUUAAAUAGAUUUUCAUUAAAUGUUUCA